CGAGGCGAAGUGUCGCGACUGUUAUGAUAUCUAUCGUCAUUCGUCUGUAUACGCAAAGUAAACGCUGGUGAUAUCUUUUCUGCUAUUUGUCUUUGGACGUAAACUGUCAGUCUCAGCUGUUUUGUGUUUGUUGUGCGAUUUGAUCGCGUGGUGAGGUGAAGCGGAUUUAGUGAAACAAUGAAUGAAGAAAUUGACGAUCAAGAUUUUCAUUAUGACUUUACGGCAGCAUCGGAAUGGGAGAUGUUUAUGUUUCGUUUAGAAGAAAUCAUUCGCGAAUGGAAGAUUCCACAACUCAAACGUGGACCUCUGUUAAAGAAGGGAGAACUCAGUACUAGAAAAUGGGAAACGAAAACGGAAAACAUCAAUUUUGCAGAUGUUGAAUUCAGACUUACAAGACACCGCCUGCUUGUCGACUCAUCUGAUGAUAUUUCCAGUCCAUUGGAUGAGGAAAAUGAGGAAUCUAAGUCACAGGUCCUAGAAGACAUCAUGAGAUUUGAGCAUGAUUUCCCACCACAUUCAAUGGAUAAUGGAACACCUCAACCACAUCCUCUUGCUGUGUGGUAUGGAAUUAGGGAUUUCCUCAUUCUUUCAGCUUGGAGUGGAAUAUCAUCAUACUCAGAGAGUAAAGUGAAAAUACUCUUGAGUUCCAUAUAUGUGGCAGUAAAUAACUCGAACUGCCCAAUUCCAUUAUUCGUACAAGUGCAUGAAACUGCAGAACAUUAUUAUCUUGGUGUAUGUGAAGCUAGGGGUCUGCGCACUGAAUUUGAGAUGAUUCACCUGAAGCGAACACCACCUCACUGCAAAUAUCUUACAGGUUUGCUUAAUGUCUUCAAAUCUAAGAUAACAAGUGCCAUGUCAACAGAACCAGUGACAAUAUCAGUUCAGUUCACUUAUAUUCUGACUGAUUGGACUAGUAACAAGUGGACACAAGAACCUCCUGAUUUUGAUUUCUUAAAUGGUCAAACACUUGGUGUCAAGGAAUUAGGAAAAUUGCCAUUUGGGGCAACUUUUGAUCCUGUCAGUGAACUGCAGUUGUAUGCUCGGUGGCCACAGUUGGCUGAGGCAGCUGUAGUGGACAGUGAAAGCUAUUCAGACCUGGAACCAUGUCGAGCACCUGAGUGGUCUGUAGGAGUCCGCAUGGUGGAACGUCCAAAUUGUUUGCUGGGAGAGCACUUUGAUGAAUUCUUGCAGUUCUGUCUCUGCAAAAGCACAGCGAGAGACCUCUUGGGAGACAUGAUAGAUGUUGCCACUGCAGAAAAUAUCAAUUUGAGCUCAUCCCUGAGUGCAAUAACAGAAUCAAGAGUUCCAACUAUUUCUAAAGUAAUCCGCAAAGCCAAGGUGCAACACCAGCUAUCAAAAGGGGGCUAUAGGGAUGCACCAUUGUCACAUGACUACUUAUUGCCCAUUUUGUACUUCCUGUUUCCUGAUGCAGACAGCAAAUCGGAAAAUCCUUAUGCAGAGAAUAUUGGCAGUCAUUCCAGCAGUGACAACAGACAGGAAGAGCAGUUACUGAAUAUCAAAUCAGCACCUGUUGACAGCUUGGUCUGGAGACUUGCUAUUGUAAUGUCACAUGUUGUGCACACACUUGGUGGAAUACGUGCAGCUGCUUAUCUGUGGUUCGAAUUCACACAGGAAAUGCGUUAUCGGUGGGAUAAGUGCAUCCUCAUCCCAGGAGUGGCGCCAGGGGACCCCGACCUGCGCACGUGCCUGCUGCACCAGAAGCUGCAGAUGCUCAACAGGUGCAUCGAGCGGCGGCUGGCGCGUGAGCGGGAGGCGAGGGCCACGUCCGUCGACACCGAGGACACCGACACGGAGUCGGACGAGGAGUUCUUCGACUGCUCGGCGGACGCGCCCGCGGGCGCCGGGGGCGGCGGCGACCGGCCGCGGCACUCGCUGUGGAACCGGCCCGCGGGCCGGCUGUCGCGCCAUCCGCAGCUGCGGCUGCUGCGCACGGGCGAGCCGCUGUACGUGCCGGUGACGCAGCAGCACACGCCCAAGACGGAGGACCAGCAGCAGGAGGACGAGGACGUGCUCGUCCAGCUGGGCACGGACGAGCGCGCCGCCCAGCUGCGCGCGCGUAUCAUGAGCGCCGCCCUGCUCUCCGACAUGGAGUGCUUCAAGGCAGCCAAUCCUGGAGCUGUGCUGGAGGACUUCAUCCGCUGGUAUUCGCCUCCAGACUGGAAGGAAGAGGACGGUGUGGAUGAAUUUGGUCAGAAGAAAGGCUGCCUGAGCGUGCGCAUGCAGCUGAAGGGCAACCCGUGGGUGGAGGCGUGGGAGGCGGCCAAGCCGGUGCCGGCGCGCCGGCAGAAGCGGCUGUUCGACGACACGCGCGAGGCGGAGAAGGUGCUGCACUGGCUGGAGGCGGCGCGGCCCGCCGACGUGGGG